AUGGGGAGUCGAGUUCACCAAACCAUGAUUCCAUAUACUCCAUCAAUGGCUUCUCCAAACACGACAAUGAAGCUUCUAAUAGACAAGAAAACCCAGAAAGUUUUGUUUGCCGAAGCCACCAAAGAGUUUGUGGAUUUCCUUUUCCAUAUAUUCUCUUUACCUCUUGGCAGCCUCAUCCACUUCCUAGGCUCCAAACAAAUGGUGGGUUGCUUAGGUGAACUCAAAGAAAGCGUCAAGAACUUUAAUCAAACGUAUCUUCAACCAGGCAUCGACAAAGAUGUUAUCUUUAAUCCUGAAAUUGCAUUCAAUGGAAACAUGUUUCUAUUGUUGAAUGAUGCUUUUGCGGAUGAUAAACCUGCUACAUCAAAAACACUUUACCGAUGUAGUUUUACUCCUCGUUCAGGGUAUGAUGCUUUUGAUGGUUACAAUACUUGCCAUUUUAAACACGUGACUGAGCAUCCGGAUGUUAAGUGUCCAAGUUGUCGUCAUUUGGUGAAGGAAGCCAUAGGGGAAAGAGGAAACUGA